AGUGCGAAGAUCGAGAGAGAGAGGGGGAGAGAGAGAGAGAGAGAGCGGAACGUCGAUUCUUCGAUCUCUCGAUGAUCUGUUUCCCAGUGAUUCUCGUUGCCUGAUCGGUGGCUGAAUUUCUCUUCGGUACUUGUUCUCGGGAUCCGUUUCUUUUACGUGAGGAACUGGUUACUGAGAUCAUUAAAUUACCUUCUGUACUGAAUGGCUUCAAUUAGCUUGCCACCCUCAUCAAGGCUGAAAGAUACCACUGGUAGUAGUGUUUCUGUGGACACUUUGCCACAUGCAAUGAAUGUUAUGAAAAUAAAAGAUGAUAAGGAAGUGGAAGCUACUGUAGUUGAUGGCAACGGGACAGAGACAGGUCAUAUAAUUGUGACAACUAUAGGUGGCAGAAAUGGCCAGCCAAAACAGACAAUAAGCUACAUGGCUGAGCGUGUUGUCGGGCAUGGAUCAUUUGGAGUCGUAUUCCAGGCAAAAUGUCUAGAGACGGUUGAGACAGUAGCUAUAAAGAAGGUUCUUCAAGACAAGAGGUACAAGAACCGUGAGUUGCAAACCAUGCGUCUUCUUGAUCAUCCAAAUGUUGUUUGCUUAAAACAUUGCUUCUUUUCAACAACUGAAAAAGAAGAGCUCUAUCUUAACUUGGUUCUUGAGUACGUACCUGAGACUCUUCAUCGAGUAAUCAAGCACUAUAACAAGAUGAAUCAGCGUAUGCCAUUGAUAUACGUGAAACUUUAUAUGUAUCAGAUUUGUAGAGCAUUGGCUUAUAUUCAUCGAAGCAUUGGAGUGUGCCACAGAGACAUCAAACCACAAAAUCUUUUGGUCAACCCACAUACACAUCAGUUGAAACUAUGUGACUUUGGGAGUGCCAAAGUUUUGGUGAAAGGGGAAACAAAUAUAUCAUACAUAUGUUCCAGAUAUUAUCGAGCUCCUGAGCUUAUAUUUGGUGCCACUGAGUAUACAACAGCAAUUGACAUCUGGUCAGCUGGUUGUGUUCUUGCUGAACUUCUUCUAGGACAGCCUUUGUUUCCUGGUGAGAGUGGAGUCGACCAACUCGUUGAAAUUAUCAAGAUUUUGGGUACCCCAACAAGAGAAGAAAUCAAAUGCAUGAAUCCAAAUUACACUGAGUUUAAGUUUCCACACAUCAAAACUCACCCAUGGCACAAGAUUUUUCAUAAAAGAACACCACGUGAAGCAGUAGAUCUUGUCUCUAGGCUUCUUCAAUAUUCUCCAAACUUAAGGAGCACGGCUUUGGAAGCACUGAUCCAUCCAUUCUUUGAAGAGCUUCGAGAUCCAAGUGCUCGAUUACCAAAUGGUCGUUAUCUACCUCCACUCUUCAACUUCAAGCCUAAUGAGUUAAAGGGUGUUCCGACGGAGAUUGUAUCAAAAUUGAUUCCGGAGCACGCAAGAAAGCAAUGCGCCUUCUUAGGGCUGUGAUUUGUUGAAUCAUGUCACUAGAAAAUAGUUUGUGUAUCUAUAUACGGUAGAAAGGAAAAAUACUUAUUAGCAUCGUGUGUGACCUCUUAAGUCUCUUUCUUGUUGUUAUUGUCAUUGACAUCUCUGUCCUUCUCCUUGUCUUUGUUUAGUCUACUUUGUAUUACUGUAUUGUGGAGUAUCAGCACUGCAGAUUGUAAGGUAUGCUCUUGGGUCCUUGAACAUUGUUCAGCAUCUUUGCUAACCUAUGCUUUUUCUCA